CACAUAUUCAUACACAUAUCCAUACACAUAUUCAUACACAUAUCCAUACACAUAUCCAUACACACGUCCAUACACACGUCCAUACACACGUCCAUACACACAUCCAUACACAUAUUCAUACACAUAUCCAUACACAUAUCCAUACACACAUCCAUACACACAUCCAUACACAUAUUCAUACACAUAUCCAUACACAUAUCCAUACACACAUCCAUACACAUAUUCAUACACACAUCCAUACACACAUCCAUACACAUAUCCAUACACAUAUCCAUACACACAUCCAUACACAUAUUCAUACACAUAUCCAUACACAUAUCCAUACACAUAUCCAUACACAUAUCCAUACACAUAUCCAUACACACACACAUAUUCAUACACACAUCUAUACACAUAUCGAUACACAUAUCCAUACACAUACACAUAUUCAUACACACAGCUGAGUCAGUGCGUGGAGGUGAAAGAGGCUCAUUUUUCAAGUCUUUGCCUUCCUGUUUCCGCCUCACUCCGAACCCAACACAAGCAGCAAACGGAACCCGGCGCUCCUCCUCGGCCACGCGGGGGGUCAGCAGGAGGCUCACGAACGUCCUGCUGCUCCUGGAGGCGGAUAUGAGGGAGCUUUUAUUCCUUUCUCCUCAGAGUGGAUCCUCACUCAGACUUCAUUACCGCUCAAAGGCCUCUCACAGAGCUCUCGGCUCUCGGCACAAAGUGAUCGCAUCCACUCAGCGACCGGCAGCUGGAUCCGUAUUUUCGGCCUGA